CAAUUUCCGUGUGUUGACUUUAUCGUUCAGAACAACAACUUGUAUAAAAAUUUGCACUCUCCUCCACCACAAAUCUCAUGACACUACUAAAUGUGCCUCAAACAGCUACACAAUUUUGAACAAAAUUUGAGUAUUCUACUAUUCUCAUCCUCAUUCAACUCUCUAGCUAGCUAGUACUAAAGCCUUUUCCAUUCCCUAUAUUCUUUCUCAUUCUUCCUCUGAGAUAAUCAUUCGAACAUCAUCAAAAUCUGAUUUUUGAUGGCUGAAAUUGAAGUUCCUCCCCAUUUUCUCUGCCCCAUUUCCCUGCAACUCAUGAGGGACCCUGUCACGGUUUGCACAGGAAUAACCUACGACAGAGAAGACAUUGAGAAAUGGCUAUUUUCAUGCAAGAACAAGACAUGCCCUGUUACAAAACAAUCUCUUUUAGACACUGAUCUCACUCCAAACCACACUCUGCGACGUUUGAUACAAGGUUGGUGCACCCUCAAUGCCUCAUUUGGAGUUGAGCGCAUUCCAACUCCAAAGCCUCCCAUUGACAGAACCCACAUUGUCAAACUCAUCUCUGAAGCAAAGAGGUUCCCAGAGAAGCAAAUCAAAUGCCUCAGAAGGCUUCGCUCCAUUGCUUCUGAUGGUGAAAGGAAUAAGAAAUGCUUGGAAUCUGCAGGAGCAGUGGAGUUUUUGGCUUCAACCAUGAAGAGCAUCCAAAUCCAGCAAGAUUCCCCUGUUUCCCCUGUUUGGGGUGAAGCAGCUAUUGAAGUUCUGUUUCAUCUAAACCCUUCUGAAUCCCAUCUGAAGAAUCUGAUCCACAACGAGGGAAUUCAAUUUAUUGAGUCUUUGUUUCAUGUUUUGAGGCUUGGGAACUACCAAUCUCGAGCUUAUGCAACUAUGCUGAUGAAAUCAGCAUUUGAGGUAGCUGAUCCAGUCCAAUUGAUCAGUGUAAAAUCAGAGCUUUUUCAGGAAAUACUGAGAGUGCUGCGUGAUCAGAUCUCAAAUCAGGCUUCAAAGGCUGCAUUGAAGCUCAUUGUGGAGCUCUGUCCAUGGGGAAGAAACAGGAUCAAAGCAGUUGAAGGUGGAGCAGUUUCAUCUCUCAUUGAGAUCCUUCUUGAUGUCCCAGAAAGAAGAGCUUGUGAGCUUGUUCUGAUAGCUUUGGAUCAGCUUUGUGGUUGUGCAGAAGGGAGAGCAGAGUUAUUGAAACAUGGUGCAGGAGUGGCCAUUGUGUCCAAGAAAAUUCUGAGGGUUUCUCAUGCAGCAAGUGAUAGAGGGGUUAGAAUUUUGGCCUCAAUUUGUAAGCACUCUGCAAAUUCUAGAGUGCUUCAUGAAAUGUUGCAGGUUGGGGCUGUGUCCAAGUUGUGUUUGGUGCUUCAAGUUGAUAGCAGUUUCAAGACAAAGGAGAGGGCCAAGGAGGUGCUCAAAUUGCACUCUACUGUUUGGAGGAAUUCCCCAUGUGUUCCUGUGCCUUUGCUAUCACUCUAUCCAUGAUCUAAUUAGGUUAUGAUUCAUGAUUUUUUGUAUAAGUGACUGUUCUCAGAGAUUUUUGGAAUUAUACAAAUGAUUUUCAUAGUUA